AAUCUGCAAAUGUUACAAAUUUAGAAAAAUUAUUUAAGAAAAAAAUGGGUCGCUUCAUUUUCACCUUAUGCUUUUUUUAUUCUAUUUUUGAGUUUUCAACAGCAUUGAAAUGUGUUGCAUGCGAAAAGCAAACAUGCUUAACACCGGUAUGCAAAGGUGGAAUUAUAAAAGAUCCUUGUUAUUGUUGUGACGUCUGUGCUAAAACUUUGGAUGAAGAAUGCGGUGGACCAUUUGGAAUUUUUGGAAAAUGUGAUAGUAAUCUUGAAUGCAUUAAACAACCGAUUUUAGGAGUUGAUAUACGUAAUGCACGAGGAAAAUGUCGUCCAAUAUGUACUCAAGUAUGCCUGAGUUAUUGUGAAAAUGGAAAUAUUCUCGACAAAAACGGAUGUCCAACUUGUCAAUGCAAAACUAAAUAAAAGAUAUUAAAACGAAUAUAAAGUUUUAUGAUGUUUUUUUUUA